AAAGUGAGGUUAUGUUGUUUGUUUUGUUGUUGUUUUCGGAAAACUAAAAUACUGUAUCGUGUAUUUUUUGAAGAUAAUUAACAUCAAACGGAGUCUUUCAUCAAUAAUGUGUGCUAAUUGCAAGUAUUGCGAACAGCCAGAGUGCAAGCAAGACAGCCCUGGGCUGACAUGCGAGGUUUGCUCUUGCUUCGUGCACCUAUCGUGUCUUCGCCGCCCCGGUACGCCUGGUGAUUUUGCCUGCGACGUGUUUUUCGAUUUUACAUGCUACGAAUGCUCGCCUACACAUCAAGAAAUUUUCAAACGUAAUAAAUUCCCCUGGGUAAAUGUUAUUCUACUAACUCUUCAUCACCUGAACACCCAGGCGCAUGGUAUCAGCAACAAUGGUUUCUUCCACUACAAAACACACAUCUGCUCCUUCAUUGAUCGGUCAUGGAGUCUGUUGUUUGGAGCGCAUACGAAACAAAAGAAGAACUGGGUUGGCACCAUUGCUGGAGUCCUGUCGGUGUACAACAACUUUAUGUUUCGCUCCGGAUCUUACGUGCUCGGAGAAACAGGCUGGUGGAAGCUUCUGCACGGAUUCUCACCAGCCGUUGCUGCUGAUAUAAUUCAAGAAAUAGCCAAAGAGAAGCCGAAGGGCCGGUCUCGGAAUAAUUUUUCUGUGGCCAAAGUUAUCUUUAUGUCAAAAGUAAUAGAAUUGGGUUACCAGCAUUUAAUAAACAAAGAGGAGGAAGAGCCAAUUACGCCGAUCACCCCGAGUGUUGAGCCUGUGCCAGCCAAAAAGAAACGGUUCGACUUUGACAGUUCAAGCAGCCUAUUGUUCGGUGAACCAGAUUCAGAUGGAAGACAUGAAGCCGAAGAAUAUAAAGAAUUACUGUCGUCGACGCGCGAACCGAGCUAUUCGGAGGUGGAGAGCAAUUGGAUGUGCAAGUUUGAGUUCACGCCCACCACUGUGCAAACGCUAUUCCACAGUGACUCAUCAAGCAUCCACUCUCAACCCCUCCUGUAUUACGAUUCCGACUCUCGUCUAAGCAGCUCCAGUCACCCCCAAGAAACGCAAUCCGAUGAUUACGAUACCAAGAAAUCGAUCACAGACGUGAAACCCAAAAAGCAACAAGAGGAAAAUCCUUAUGAAAAAAGAGAAUCACUUUUCUCCACUGAACUGAAUUCUGUCGAUUUGCCUUGGAUGGAAAAGUUUCCAGAACCAGAUAAGAAUUUGGUGCCGAUGACGCAGUAUCAAGAGGUGCAGCUGUUGAAACAGGUCGAGGGAAUGAUACCGAAAAUGAAGGAUCCAAAUAAGAAGGCGUAUUUGUGCAGGUUGAAAGCAAAACUGGCUUUGAGGAGACUGAAGAGGCAUAAACACUUGCCUUUAUUUGAUUUGGACAAAGCUGUGAAGCUGUUAGGUGGCUACUUGACAGAAGACCCCAGAGACGUCAUGAACACUGAAAGAGUGUUGGAUAGAUUCCAAAGAUCGUACCUAAUGGACAACCUGUGCGGCACCAUAGCCAGUACGAACUACGGGACAACUGUGGUGGCCAAGACGGAGCCGGCACCGUUCCGCUCGCCGUACUCGGGCGCGCUACUGAAGCCCUACAUCCGACGGGACGCGGACUCCACGCCGCUGUGGCUGAAGCUCACCGAUGAGCUGCUGAGGAAGACCAACAAGCACAUCAAAGGCUACGUACCACCACCGCGCGGCACUUUGGACUUCUCAUACGUGCGCCCGCAACACAUCGCGGCGGUCAACAACCUCUGCGCGCAGUUCUUCUGGCCAGGGAUCGAUUUGACUGAAGCGCUGCAGUACCCGGAAUUCAGCUGCGUGGUGACGUAUCGGCGGCUGGUGGUGGGCUGCGCGUUCCUGGUGCCGGACGCGCGUGCGAAUGAGGCCUAUAUCUCCUUCGUGCUCACGCGGCCCGAGUGGCGCGGCGCUGGCAUCGCGUCCUUCAUGCUGUACCAUCUGCUACAGACUUGUUCCGGAAAAGAUGUGACACUCCAUGUAUCCCCAACUAACCCUGCCAUAUUUUUGUACCAAAAGUUUGGUUUCAAGGUCGAGGAGCUAAUUCAAGACUUCUACGAAAAGUACUUCGACAUCGAGUACAAGGGCUGCCGGCACGCGUUGUUCUUAAGGCUUAUCAGAUAAAUAAAGAUUACAAAAACAG